AUGGCAAACCUGAAUGGAAUGGAUUCUGUUCUUGAUGCCCUUGCUAUGGGCUUGGGUAGCGUACAUCCUGCACUAUCUCUUUUUCAUGCGCUUGGCAGGAGGGAUGUGGACCCUAGCUUAACGCCUACCAAUGGCAAUUGCCUGAAGGUUUCUAGAGCCUACGCCCUCAACAUUCACGCUAUACUGUGGCAGAUUCGUGUUCGAUGUGGAGGACACAGCUACGAGGGGCUUUCCUACACUGCCGAUGCUCCUUUCGUUCUUAUCGAUCUUCUAAACUUGAACAAAGUCAAUGUGGACAGGAAAUCAGAGACGGCCUGGGUAGAAGGAAGCGCAACGUUAGGUGAAGCUUAUUCUGCUGUAGCAGAAAGCUCACCUGAGUUGGCGUUUCCUGCAGGAAUUUGUCACACGGUGGGCUCCGGUGGUCAUUUUGCGGGCGGGGGGAUGGGCUUUCUGGCGAGAAAGUACGGCCUUGCAGCUGACAAUAUAUUGGAUGCCCUCCUGAUAAAUGGGUCAGGGGAGAUGGUGGAUAGAAGCGGAAUGGGCGAAGAUGUGUUUUGGGCCCUGAGAGGAGGUGGAGGUGGCAGCUGGGGAGUUGUUUAUGCCUGGAAAAUUCGGUUGGUGAGGGUGCCUCAAAUUUAA